UUAAGGAGAUGCUGUAUGCAGCUCAGGACCAGGCCCCUUCUAUAGAAGUCACAGAUGAAGACACAGUGAAGAGAUAUUUUGCCAAGUUUGAAGAGAAAUUCUUCCAAACCUGUGAGAAGGAACUUGCCAAAAUCAACACUUUUUAUUCAGAAAAGCUUGCAGAAGCUCAGCGGAGGUUUGCUACACUACAAAAUGAGUUGCAGUCCACUUUGGAUGCGCAGAAAGAAAACAGCGGUCUUACCACACUGCGGCAGCGUAAAAAGCCAGUCUUCCACCUGUCCCACGAGGAGCGUGUUCAGCAUAGGAACAUCAGAGACCUGAAACUGGCCUUCAGUGAGUUCUACCUCAGCCUCAUCCUGCUGCAGAACUAUCAGAAUCUGAAUUUCACGGGUUUCCGUAAGAUCCUGAAAAAACAUGACAAGAUACUGGAGACACCCCGAGGUGCCGACUGGAGAGUGGCGCAUGUUGAAGUGGCCCCAUUCUAUACAUGCAAGAAAAUCAAUCAGCUUAUCUCUGAAACAGAGACCGUGGUGACUAAUGAGUUGGAAGAUGGAGACCGACAGAAAGCCAUGAAGCGGUUACGUGUCCCGCCACUGGGAGCAGCUCAGCCUGCACCAGCAUGGACUACCUUCAGAGUUGGGCUGUUCUGUGGAAUAGUCAUUGUGCUGAAUGUUACCCUCAUACUUUCAGGUGUGUUUAAGGUGAAUAUACCAAACGUGUGGCCACUCAUAAGAAUCUAUCGAGGUGGCUUUCUCCUGAUAGAAUUCCUCUUCCUCCUUGGCAUAAACACCUAUGGCUGGAGGCAGGCUGGAGUGAAUCACGUCCUCAUCUUUGAACUAAACCCUCGCAGUAAUUUGUCCCAUCAGCAUCUUUUUGAGAUUGCUGGAUUCCUUGGGACAUUGUGGUGCCUGAGCCUACUGGCAUGUAUAUAUGGUACAACCACCCCUAUUUUGAUGCAGGUGAACCCACUUAUCCUGUAUGGAUUCAUGUUGCUGUUUCUCAUUAAUCCCACCAAAACCCUCUACUACAAGUCCCGUUUUUGGCUGCUCAAACUCUUGUUCCGGGUGUUCACAGCCCCUUUCCAUAAGGUGGGCUUUGCAGAUUUCUGGCUGGCCGAUCAGCUCAACAGUCUGGCUGUGAUCCUGUUGGACCUGGAAUACAUGAUCUGUUUCUACAGCUUUGAGCUCAGCUGGGGGCACACAUGGGCAGACCCAGGUAUGGCAGCUUGUGGGGAACGGAAAUAGCAAACACCACGUGUGAUUACAUGUAUUCCUGCCCGGUUGAGGUUCGUCCAGUGCCUGCGCCGAUACCGUGACACCAAACGGGCCUUUCCCCACCUGGUCAAUGCUGGCAAAUAUUCCACCACCUUCUUCAUGGUGACAUUUGCAGCCCUUUACAGAACUCACAAAGAUCAAAAACACAUUGACCACCGAGUGUUCUUCUACCUGUGGAUCGUCUUCUAUUUUAUAAGCUCCUGCUACACUCUUAUCUGGGAUUUGAAGAUGGACUGGGGUCUCUUUGACAAGAAUGCUGGUGAAAACACCUUCUUGCGGGAGGAGAUUGUCUAUCCACAAAAAGCCUACUACUACUGUGCCAUUGUUGAGGAUGUGAUCCUGCGUUUCACAUGGACUAUCCAGGUCUCCAUUAACACUAUGGAGAUCUCCCCCCAUGCCUCAGACAUCAUGACCACUGUUUUUGCACCACUUGAGGUUUUCAGGCGGUUUGUCUGGAAUUUCUUCCGCUUGGAGAACGAGCACCUGAACAACUGUGGCGAGUUCCGUGCCGUCCGGGACAUUUCAGUGGCGCCGCUGAAUGCAGACGAUCAGACUCUGCUCGAACAGAUGAUGGACCAGGAGGAUGGUGUCCGAAACCGCCAGAAAAACCGGGCGUGGAAGCGUAGCCAGAGCGUGUCCUUGCAUCGACCCCAUCUUGCUUCACAGUCCAAGGCUCGAGACACCAAGGUGUUAAUAGAAGACACAGACGACGAGGCAAACACAUGAAGCGCCUGCGGAGUCUAGUUCCACAUCCCUUGUUCUCUCUUGCUUUACUACCCUCCCCCUCAACCAAUCCAACCUCUGGUACAGUUCCAGCAGAAUACAGGAGAAAAAUCUGAACACACUUUCUGAGCUCUUCCGGACCGGAUCCUAUGGACUCCAACAAGCUCACU